AUGCAUCAAAGGUGGAAGUUUGCCUUAGCCGCCGUGGUAGCGCUGUUUAUAUGCACAGACGACACUGUAACAGCCCAAGAAGAAUGCGACUUUAAUUACACGUCCUCAGCUGGAUCAUUUACAUCACCGAAGUACCCGGAUGACUACCCACCCGAUGCCGAUUGUACAUACAUAUUCCAAAUCCCGGAUGCUAUUAAUAUUCGAUUCACUUUAAAUUAUUUUGUAACCGAAUACAAAAUCGAUAUUUUGGAAUAUGGAUCGGGAAUCGUGGUAGGUGAAAACAAGAUUGGUGAGAUCCACGGAUCUCAAUUCGAGCCUGCACACGAAGACGACGUCCCUCAACCGGACGAACCGAUUGAUAUCGAAGGGAACGAAGCGUGGUUUCACUUUACUUCAGAUUAUAACAUAGAGUACAGUGGUUUCCACAUAACAUAUAGAGCUAACUUCGAGUGCCCUGCCGACUGGGAUGAGAGUGACAUUGACAAUGAAUGCUACAAAUACGUGGAUCGUCCAUUGUCAUGGAGGGACGCCAGACGAGAAUGUUUCAAUAUCGACAAUUCUAGUGACUUGGUCGUGGUACUAAACGAACAGGAAAAUGAAUGGUUGAGGGAAAAAUAUGACGCCACAUUGUCAUGGUGGAUGGGAUAUUCUGACAGAUCAACGGAAGGGUUGUGGAGAUGGGUUGAUUGUUCCUAUCCCACUGAUUGGCAGAAGGACAACUGGCAUCAGGAUGAACCAGAUGGCGAAGAAGAGGACUGUGGUAUGAUGGUACUCGACGGGGAAUAUGCAGAUGAAAUCUGUAGUAGUCGACAUACGUUUGUAUGUCACCUUCAUCCAAAAGCGUAUACACCUGAAGAUAUGAAUCCCGAGAACGUGGAGGCGGUUGGCAUAGCAACGGAUAUGGUUCAUGUGACCUGGUACACGUCGUUUUUCAACUGUGAAGUGAUGGGGUACCACGUAAAAUAUCGAGUAUUUGGUCGGAUAGGAAGCUUCGAUGUCUUCGACGCCCCCGGUGGUGAAACGGAAGACGUCAUACUGACUCACUUAGAGUCGUCCACAUGGUAUGAAGUGUACGUUGCGGCGUAUACAAGCUACGGAGAGCUGGACAAUGUUGGACCCGAGUAUGCGCUAACUCAUCGAGUAUACAAGCCUAUUAUUCCCGUGAUCCCUCCCGACAAGCCGUGUGGUGGAAGAUACAUGGCCAAAAACGACUCCAUUCUUCGGAUUCUUUCUCCCAAUUAUCCCGAACAUUAUGACAAUUUAGAGUAUUGUGAGUGGUUCGUGGUGGCAAGUUCCGAAGAUAAAGUUGUCACCGUCUUCAUCAGGGACUUCAGUACGGAGAACGUCUUCGAUGUUUUAAAAAUUGGUGAAGGACUGAAUUCAGAUGACCCUUCUACGACGGUGCAUGUCUUGUCUGGUGACGGGUACCCAUGGCGUUAUUGGUCGUCGUCUGGUCCUGAGAUAUGGCUUAGAUUCACCAGCGACUUCGCCCUCACAAGGAGAGGGUUUUAUUUAGAGAUUGAAGAGACAGGAGUGGAUCUGCCGACGCCAAGGCCGGAACCGGAAGUGCCUCCGGGGAUAAACUUAGACUGUGGAGGAAAUGUCACUGUGUACCAAGACUCGGAAUACGAAGUAAUAACCUCUCCUAAUUACCCCGAACACUACGAUAACGACUUAUAUUGUGUAUGGAAAGUAGCCACAGAACCAGGGAGGAGAUUAUAUAUUACUGUAAUUGAGUUCGAGACCGAAUUUUGCCACGACUGGGUCGAGCUUGGUGGCGGUUUAGAUCAGACCGAUCUGUCGACAAGUCAACUGCGAGCUUCCGGUAGCGUCACCAACGACACCUACGAGACAGUCGGAGAGUACGCCUGGAUCACGUUCACGACUGAUUACUCAGUUACGUAUCGAGGUUUUGAACUUCGAAUAGAAUCAAUCGGUGACCCCGAGUGUGGUGAACUCAAUUUAGUGAUCCAAGAUGAUGGACCAGUGGAUAUCUACUCACCCAACUACGAUUCUCAUUAUAAUAACAAUGAUUUAUGUAAAUGGACUAUCAGCACUGAAUCUACUAUGCCGAUACUCAUGGUCAUUACUGACUUCCAAACAGAGACAAACUAUGAUUGGUUGGAGAUUGGCAGCGGUACUGACCCACUGGACAGUGAUUCUCUCCUGUAUCGACUAACCGGGCGCAAUGUGGCCGGAACAUUCUUGACCAAUAGUAAUGAGGUGUGGGUGGUGUGGACAUCGGACAAUUCAGUUACUGACACUGGCUUCCAUGUCACAUUCUUUCAAGAUGCAUUAUGUGGAGGAAAUGUUUAUGGUAACCCUGGCAACCUCUCAUCACCGGCUUAUCCCAAUCAUUACCCGCAUGGUAGUGACUGUAAAUGGAAUAUUCAUGUUCCGGGGGCAAGCAGGAUCAGGAUAACUUUCCAUGUGUUUGAAGUGGAGAGUAACUAUGACUACCUAUACAUAAGAGAAGGGGGCACAGUAGAGACUGGAUUACAAGUAUUUCAAUUAACUGGAUCAGAAAUUCCUAAAGAGAUUAUACUGAAUGGUGAGGAAGGAUGGGCAUGGUUUACAUCUGACAAUACACGCAGCUUCAAUGGAUUUUUCUUCACAUAUGAAGCAUUCACUGAUGAAUAUGUUCCUGGCAAGUUUUGUAGUGACGAAGAAAUGGUACUCAAACCAGGCUCCACGCUCUACAUACAAUCACCCAAUUACCCAGGUGACUACUACAGCAACUCCGAGUGCCUGUGGAAAGUCAGAACAGAAUCUGGUUUAUCCAUAACGAUCAACUUCCGAGAUUUCCAGACUGAGAAAGGAUUUGAUUGGUUGGACAUCGGUGAUGGUGAUGAUGCGACUGAUUUGACGAGUCGUAUAAGACACGAGUCUGGGCAUGAAGUCCCGAUACCUGUCUAUGUUGAAGACGAUAAGGUGUGGAUUAAAUUCACUAGCGACGAUACAAUCAACUAUCGAGGAUUUCUGCUGAUGUUAGUGGAGAGAAAUGACACUGACACAUCAGAACCCAAACCUGACCCUGGAGUGACCCCUUCACCUCCCCCACCAUGUGGAGAUGACAUAAUAGUUCCAGAAGAUGGCAUUGUGAACAUUACAUCACCGAACUACCCUGAAGACUAUGAUAACAAUCUGAACUAUUACACUGAUGAUGACCAGAACGUUCAGAGCGUAGAUGCAGACGCCAUAUCAACAUCAGAAAUUGACGUAUGGUGGGAGGUUUCACCAGUUAACUGUGACGUACUGGGUUAUAAAGUCAAGUACCAUCGUACUGACUACGUCGGUGGUGUCUGGGUCAUGGACGUCCCUGGUGCUGACACAUCCUCAGCUAGACUGCAGCAUCUGGAGUCCUCUACAUGGUACAUGAUGCAUGUUGCUGCCUAUACGCAUCGUAGUGUGUUGGAUUAUGUACCAGGUUAUCCUGUGCAGACACAUCAAGUUAUCAAACCAAGACCACCGCCCACUGACCCAGGUAAAGACUGCGGAGGUGAAUAUACAGCUAAGAAUGGUUCACUACUCAGGAUUAUAUCUCCCAACUAUCCAGACAGAUAUGAUAGAAAUGAACACUGUGAGUGGUUGAUUACUGCUUCAUCUGGGUCUAUCAUUGCUGUGUAUCUUAGAGACUUCUCUACAGAAAGAUGGUUUGAUUAUUUAGACAUUGGUGAAGGCACUGAUAACACUGAUCUAGAUACCAGAGUACACCAUCUAUCGGGAUUCUUCAAACCAUGGGAUUAUUGGAACUCGGACACCAGUGAGUUGUGGAUGACAUUCACAAGUGACCUUACUUUCCAUCGAAGAGGAUUUCUAAUAGAAUUUGAAGAGAUUUUUGUUGAACUGCCUGAGCCAAAACCUUUACCAACCGAACCAAUAGACGAGGAGAUAUGUGGAGGAAAUGUUUCCAUACCUAUUGGCGGGUCAGCAACUAUAUUAUCACCAAACUAUCCUGAGAACUACAAGAAUGAUUUGUCAUGUGUGUGGCAUGUGAUGUCUGAGAGUGGCAAACGCAUUAAUGUAAAGUUUGUUGAUUUUGAGACCGAAUACUGCCAUGACCUGCUAGUAUUAGGUGAUGGACACAAUGAAACUGACCUGACAACGAGUCAGCUGACUUUAUCUGGAUCCCUGUCCCCCGAGCCAUUUGAUUCGGACGGAGACAAAAUGUGGUUGACUUUCACUACAGACUAUUCCAUCACAGCACGCGGAUUUGAACUAAAUCUGACAGAAAUUGAUGACAAUGAUAUUGAAUGUGGUGGUACAUUGACUAUCACAGAAGAUGGUCUCCAUAGUGUUACCAUAGUAUCACCUAACUACCCUGACGACUAUAAUCACAAUGACUACUGUCUGUGGACCAUCAAUCUAGACGAAGCAUUAUCUGACCAACACAUCUUAGCAGUUGUUGAUGACUUCGAGACUGAAAAAGGUUAUGAUUGGCUUGAGAUUGGUUCUGGCUCCGAUCAUCUGGAGUUUUCCACUCUUCUUUAUCGUCUUUCUGGAUCCGUUGAUGGAUCAUAUGCAACUCACAACAAUGCAUUAUGGGUACUGUGGACCACUGAUCAAAGUGUGAGCAAAGAAGGAUAUUCAAUUCAGUUUGUAGCAGUUGAUCCAUGUGGUGACCACUAUACUGAGAUAUCCGGGAACAUCACAUCUCCUGGAUAUCCACAGAUGGAGUAUCCUCAUGGAAGUGAUUGCACUUGGAAAAUCAGUGUUGAAAACAACAUGUCAAUAUUGAUAUCGUUUUCCCAGUUUGCUCUGGAACUAGAUUACGAUUAUGUCCGGAUUGGGGAAGGAUUGAUUCCUAACAACUACCAGUACUAUGAACUGUCUGGUAGUGAUCUACCCAAAGAUAUUAUUGUUUACCAUCAUCAAAGCUGGAUAGAAUUCACUUCAGAUAAUAGUGUCAGUGACAAUGGUUUCUCUCUCACUUAUCAAGGAUACAUUGAAGAUAUUGCUGAGCCCAAACCAUGUGGUGCGGCAUACAUCGUAAAGUCUGGACAGCCAGUGAUAAUAGAAUCUCCAAACUACCCACAAAACUACCCAUCAAACUCGCUGUGUCGGUGGAAUGUUACAACAAAAUCAGGGCUCAAAAUGACAAUACAGUUCAGAGAUUUUGCCACUGAGUUAGGAAUUGAUUGGUUAGACAUUGGUGAUGGGUUAGAUUCCAAUGAUCAAAGUAGCAGAGUCAGACACAUGUCUGGUCUGUUUUUUAUCAUGCCAACACCAGUGUUGUCAGAAGGUGACAGUAUGUGGUUGGAAUUCACUUCAGAUGCCAGCAUUAAUUUUAAAGGAUUUCAACUCGUGAUUAAUGAGUUUAAUGACACUGAAACAUCACCACCAAAGCCAACUCCAACAGAGCCAUCAGUGUCACCGUCGGUCACACCAACUACAUCCGAACCAUGUGGAUAUCAUAUUGACCUACAGAACAACAACCCCAUAGACUUGUAUUCACCGAAUUAUCCUGAAGACUAUGAUAACAAUUUGCACUGUGAGUGGACUGUCAGUGCAGAUCCAGGAAGAAGAAUUGCUGUUACUUAUAUAGAUUUCACGACUGAACUAAUAUGGGACUAUUUAGAGAUUGGUCAAGGAUUAAUUGUGGAUGAUGCAUCUAUGCGAAGAGAUUCUGGAUCUUCUCUGCCAUCACCAUUUACUACAGUAAACAAUGACAUCUGGUUCAAGUUCAUCACUGAUUCAACCGUCAAACACAGAGGAUUUCAUCUGAGGUUAGAAGUGCCAGAAGAAUGUGGCAGUGUGGAGAGUAUAUCGACUGAUGGUAGUCUACGUAUCCAGUAUCCUGAGAGUGAAGAGCAAUAUGGGAUGAAUGAGUACUGUAAAUGGAUCAUUUCAUCUGACUCUGACCAAUAUAUUCGUGUCCAUGUAGUCUUAUUAGAUACUGAAAAAAAUUUUGAUUUCCUUGAAAUUGGUGAGGGAAAUGACCCAACAGAUAUGUCAACCCGUCUGCUGAAAGCUUCUGGUAACCACGCCGAUGAGGUGUUCUUCACAUUGGACAGCACCGUCUGGAUGUCAUUUUCAUCAGACGGGUCUAGACAUGGAGAUGGUUUCACUGUUGACUUCUAUGAUGAUGCAUGUAUGACAGUUGAAAGUUCUACUUUCCCGGGAACGUUAACUUCUCCCAAUUAUCCCAGUGAGUAUGCUCACAAUUCCCACUGCAUAUGGAAAUUGAAUCAGGAAGAAGGAAGACAGAUUCGUUUGACUUUCCAUCAUUUCAGUCUAGAACAAAGCAGAGAUUAUUUAUUCAUCGGUGAAGGUGAUGACCCGUACAGUACACCAACCUUGACAUUAACUGGCUCUGAUUUGCCUGAAGACUAUAUCAGUGAUGGCAAUAAAGUAUGGUUUCGCUUUGAGAGUGAUUGGACGGUAGUGGACACUGGGUUUAACAUCACAUAUGAGGCUGAAUGUCCAAUUGGUUAUGAAUCUGGACACAGUGGUAGGUGUUACCGAUAUGUCUAUGAUCCCCUACCAUGGGAUGAUGCCAGGCAUGAAUGCUUGCUUACAACAAAUGGAGAUUUGGUAAUACUAGAGACAGAAGACGAAUAUCAAUAUGUACUGCAAAGAAUGAAUCAAACUGAUUUCUGGAUUGGUUUAUCUGACAGAUCGGUUGAAGAUAUCUGGAAGUGGAUUGACUGUUCUGACCCGAAAGAUUGGCAGUUAAACCUGGCUGAUGGAGGAAGUAAUACUGCAGAAAAAGAUUGUACCAUUGUGACUGAUUCUAACACAUGGAGUGCCAGAGAAUGUCAUACAGAGCUGCCAUAUAUUUGUGAACUGAGCCCAAAAAAUUUCACACUGGAUGACCAAAAUGUUCAGCAUGUUGAUGCUGAAGCACUCUCUCCAUUUCGGGUACAUGUCACAUGGGACGUUUCUCCAGUCAAAUGUGAUAUACUUGGAUAUAGAGUGAAAUAUCAUAGACUGAACUAUAUUGGUGGAAUCUACAUUGUUGAUAUACCUAGUGCUGAUAGUAGUGAAUAUACACUUACUGGUCUGCAAUCAUCUACCUGGUAUGCUUCCUAUGUUGCUGGAUAUACUAGUGACGUUUUGUUAGAUUAUGUACCUGCCGAUCCUGUCCAAACCCAUGCUGUGAGAAAACCUCCCUCUCCACUGCCUGAACCAUCUAAAGACUGUGGAGGUAAUCUUACUGCAAAGUCUGACAGUCUAUUACGGAUUACAUCACCCAACUAUCCUGACAACUAUGAAAACAACCAGAUCUGUGAAUGGCGAGUGAACGCAUCAACAGGUGGUAACACACUUAUAGUGUAUCUACGUGAUCUGAGAACAGAGCAUUUAUUUGACUGGGUUGACAUCGGUGAAGGUUUACAGCCAGAUGAUUCUGAUUCCAGAGUACACCACAUGUCUGGAUUCUUUCUACCCUGGACCUACUGGGAAUCAUCCACAGAUGAAGUCUGGAUAACAUUUUCCACAGAUUACACCAUCGCAUGGAAAGGUUUCAUGCUGGAGAUUGUGGAAAAUGUGAGAGAGCCUGUGCCAACAGAGAAACCUGACCCAUCAGACCCACCAGUCUUAGCACCAGAAUGCGGCGGUAACAUCACAUUAACAGAGGAUGAAUCAUAUGACGUCUACUCCUUAAACUACCCUGGUGACUACGACAAUGAUCUGGAAUGUCUGUGGAAAGUGGAAACUGUACCUGGAAGGAGGAUUGAAAUUGAGUUUGUUGACUUUGAAACAGAGUAUUGCCAUGACUGGCUGGAUAUUGGUAAUGGGCUGGACCACACAGAUUUGACAACAUCAGAAUUGCAUCUGUCUGGUAGUAUUGACCCUGAAUCAUUCCAGUCUGUUAGUAACCAAGCUUGGAUGCUGUUCACUACAGACUAUUCUAUCACUGCAAGGGGAUUUCAUUUAAUUGUGAAAGAUAUAGGACCAACAGGUUGUGGGCAAGCGUUGAUCAUUGGUGACACUCCUGGAGACAAAGUGAACAUAAAAACACCAAACUACCCACAACAUUACUCCAAUAAUGAAAUCUGCAAAUGGACUAUUAGCGGACCAGCUAACAAGCACAUCUUGAUGACAGUCAAUGACUUUGCAACAGAAAGGUUCUUUGAUUGGCUAGAAAUUGGAGUAGGUGGCAGUGAUGUUGAUUUCUCGAGCACUGUGUUCAGGUUAUCUGGUUCACUGGUCACUGGUUCCUAUACAUCUGAAGAUGACGGAGUGUGGGCUUUGUUUACCAGUGAUAAUUCAAUUUCUCGGAGAGGCUUUGAUAUUGAUUUUUCUGCAGUUGAUCCAUGUGGAGGUCAUCUGGAUACAAUUCCUGGUACCAUUUCAAGCCCACUGUAUCCAGACUAUCCAUACCCACAUAGCAGUUCUUGCAUCUGGACCAUACAGGCACCGGUCAUGACUAUGGAGAGUGGCCAGCGAAUCAAAAUCUCAUUCUCAGCUUUCCAUUUAGAAAGAAACCAUGAUUGGUUGAUAAUUGGUAAUGGCCUCAUACCUGGUUCAUCAGUCAUUGCUGAACUGACCGGUCCUGAGAUCCCAAAGGAAAUCAUCACUGAUAAGUUGACAGCAUGGCUAUGGUUUACAUCUGACAAUUCAGUCGACCGUGAAGGGUUUCAUCUUACAUACACAUUGUUUACAGAAGAUGUGCCAGAACCAAAGCGUUGCGGUGGAAGUUACAUUGUGAAACCAGGCCAUACUUUUAUUCUCGAAUCGCCUAAUUAUCCGCAAGACUAUUCUCGCAAUGAACGAUGCCAAUGGAACAUUACAACCGACUCGGGACUACCAAUGUCUGUAGUUUUUUUAGACUUUCUAACAGAGGAACACUUUGAUUGGGUAGACAUUGGAAAUGGACUAGACCCAACCGAUGUUGAUUCUCGUGUUCGCCAUGAAUCAGGCUCAAGUAUACCUCCACCAUUUUAUUCAUCUGGUGCUGACAUAUGGGUGACCUUUUACACAGACUUUACCAUUGUUGAGAGAGGUUUUGUCCUGGUGAUAGUUGAAAGGAACGACACUGAAUCUAGUCCUCCAAAGCCAGCACCUACUGCCACUACUGCACCUGUGAUCUGUGGAGGUCAUCACGAUAUAGAGCAGGAUCCUAUAUUUAUUACCUCACCCAAUUACGAAGAAAACUAUAACAACAAUGAUUAUUGUGAAUGGACUGUAACAUCUGUAGCAGGCAAUAGAAUUAGAAUAGUGUACCAUGACUUUGAAACCGAAUUGAGAUAUGACUACUUGGAGAUAGGAAGAGGACAUGACAUUACAAAUUUUCAGUCACUUCUACGACAUAACAGUGGUAGCCGAGUUCCCAGUCCAUUCACUACAGAUGUUGAUAGAGUCUGGUUGAAGUUUGUCAGUGACCACAGUGUUACCUACAAGGGAUUUAAUGUGGAACUCAGAGACAAUGAUUGUUUUUCUGAGCAUACUAUUACAAGUGGUGGGUCUAUUACUAUCCGAUCCCCGGGCUAUCCGGAAAGUAACUACGAUAACAACUAUUUCUGUGAAUGGAUAAUUACUACGGAGAAUGGUGGCACUAUUAGAGUAGAAAUCAAGGGCUUCAGAACAGAGCAAAAUCAUGACUGGGUUGAUAUGGGUUCAGGAUCUGACUCUGUAGAUUUUGCAUCAAGGUUUGUUCAUAUCUCCGGUCAAGUAGAUCCAAAUGCAUUUUUCACCGGUUCAGAGUCUCUCUGGAUGACAUUUGAAACUGAUGCCUCAGUGAAUGAUGAAGGCUUUGAGAUAAUCUUCUAUGAUGAUGGCUGUGUAGCUGAGGAGUAUACAGACUCUGAAGGUGAAAUCUUAUCUCCAUUCCAUCCCGCUGAAUAUCCCAACAAUGCGAACUGUGUAUGGUUUCUUAAGAUAUCAGAUGGCCAUGAUAUCAAAGUCACAUUCCAUGCUUUCAGACUUGAGGAGGGGCAUGACUUCCUGUACAUUGGUUAUGGCAAUGAUCCCACAUCAGACUACUAUCUGUUUUUCACUGGUUAUGACUUACCAGAAGAUCUUGUCUUGCACAGCAGUGAAACCUGGUUUAGAUUUGUGAGUGAUAGAACAAAUGUGGACACUGGUUUCAAUAUUACAUACAAAGCCAUUUGUCCAACAGGCUAUGAUUAUCACAUUGUUGAUGGAGAAGAAAAGUGUUACAAAUUUGUUACCGUGCCAACCAAAUCAUGGGAUGAAGCGAGAGAGGACUGUUUAUCUACUCUUCACGGUGAUUUGGUUAUAAUUGAUGAUCAGGCAGAGUUGGAUUUCAUCAAUGCGCAAAUGACUUUGAAUUACUGGAUUGGUUAUUCCGACUUGUCAGUUGAAGCCCGAUGGAGAUGGGUCAAUUGUAGAGAUGCCUCGGUAUGGGACCAAUCCAAGUGGGGAAGCGGACAGCCAUCGAGUGGUCUUUAUGAAGAUUGUGGUCUUGCUCGAAGUAAUGAAUUCUAUGAUGAGGAGUGUAUGCUAAACCAUGCAUAUGUAUGUGAAAUUACUCCAAAAGAAUUUGAAUGGCCAGAAGACAUCAAUGUACAGGCAGUUGAUGCUGUUGGUAUAUCACCCUAUGAUAUUCAUGUUACCUGGACAGUAUCCGACUUCAACUGUGAUGUGAUUGGCUACAGAGUUAGAUAUAGGCGAUAUGAUUGGUUGGGAGGGUAUACUUACUUGGUUGUUGAUGGUGGUGAUACUGAUGAAGCAUUUCUGUCAAACUUAGAAAGCUCUACAACAUACGUAAUCUACGUUGCUGCCAUUACUCCUAGAUUCCUAAUGCCUUAUGUUGGACCCGCUGAAGCACAGACUCAUGAAGUUGUGAAGCCUCCAGAGCCACCUGUGGAACCUGAGAAACCCUGUGGCAGUAACUACACAACAAAGGAAGGCACAGUUGUCAGAAUAUCAUCACCCGACUAUCCGGAAAAAUAUGAUCACAACUUGCACUGCCAAUGGCACGUAGGAUCUUCUGGUGCUGGAAAACUUCUGCUUGUCCACAUUCGUGACUUUUCAACAGAAGGGUGGUUUGAUUGGUUAGACAUUGGUGAAGGGUCAAACCCAAGUGAUGAUGAUUCACUUGUACAUCACAUGUCUGGUCACUUCAUAUCGUGGGACUUCUGGACAUCUUCUACAGAGCAGAUCUGGUUAACCUUUGACACUGAUAGUACAAUUCAUUUCCGUGGUUUUCUUCUUGAAAUUGAGGAAAUCGAUGCAGAAGAGCCAGCUCCAGAGCCAAAACCAUUGCCAACAGAGGAACCACUGCCAGCAGCUGAAUGUGGAUACAACGUAACAAUAGAAGCAAAUGAAUAUGUAAACAUAACUUCCCCAAACUACCCCGAAGAGUAUGAUAAUGACAUGGACUGUGUAUGGUACCUCAACACUGAAUCUGGCUACAGGAUUAACGUCACAUUCAUAUUUUUCGAUACUGAAUACUGCCAUGAUUGGUUUGAAGUUGGAAAUGGACCAAACCACAGGGAUCUGACAACGUCCAUACAACGUGUAUCUGGUGACUAUUCUAGUAACCCGCCGGAUGCAGUUUCUUCUAGCAGUGAUAGAGUCUGGAUCACUUUUACAUCGGAUUACUCUAUCACCAGACAAGGUUUUCAUGUUAUUGCACAUGAGAUUAUUGAGACAGGUCAGUUUUGCUGUAUUUGCUGCAGAUCCAGUUGUGGUGGAUCCCACUUCCUACCUUCUGUUCCUAGUUCUUCUGUCAGUAUCCAGACUAAUAACUACCCGAAUAACUACGGCAAUAACGAGUACUGUCACUGGGAUGUAGAAACUGAAGAUCUGCAUCUGUAUAUCCACGUGAAUGACUUUGAAACAGAACGUAACUUUGAUUGGUAUGAGAUUGGCAGUGGCACUGAUGAGACUGUAUCAUCUUCAUUGCUGUAUCGUUUUUCUGGUAGUCAAUUGGAUGAAUCAUAUUUCAGUGACAGUAGUAGUCUAUGGUCUGUGUGGACUAGUGAUAUAUCCGGGAAUUACAAAGGAUUUAAUGUCACUUACUUUACAGUUGAGCCAUGCGGUGGUGAUUUUACUGAAUCCGAUGACAUCCAGACUCCUCUAUAUCCCAAGAACUAUGCACAUAAUAGUUACUGCAGUUGGAACAUCCAUGUGAACACUGGCAGUCUUAUACAUAUUACAUUCCAUGAUUUCUGGCUAGAAGAUGGCUAUGAUUAUCUUUACAUUUAUGAAGGAUCAAGUCGGUUAACGUCAGUGAUGGUGGAGUUGACAGGAGAUGAAAUACCCAAGGAUAUACUGAUAAAUGCUGACUCAGCAUUAUUAAUAUUCACAUCAGAUAUGUCAGUUAGUGGAAAUGGAUUUCAUCUGACAUAUGCCGAGUACACUGAAGAUGUGGUACCGGCCAAACCAUGCGGAGGUGAAUUUAUUGCCAAAUAUGAUUCCAUCCUGGUACUACAGUCUCCCAAUUAUCCGUCAGACUAUUACAACAACGAUCAUUGUCAGUGGAACAUCACAUCACCAGCAGAUACCAAGAUGACUGUCACAUUCCGUGAUUUCGAGACUGAGCGAGGAUAUGACUGGGUUGAUAUUGGUGACGGUCUUGAUGACGGUGAUCUUACAACACGUAUCAUUCAUCAUUCUGGUCAUACCCUACCUGUUCCAAUAAUAUCAGCGGAUUCUGAGUUAUGGAUGACGUUUAUCACAGACGAAUCAAUCAGUUUCCGUGGAUUCUUACUCCAAAUAGAAGUUAUCAAUGAUAGUAAGUAUUUCAACACGUCACCACUAGAGGGCACCAUUCUUACUAUUGUUUACAGAUUGGAGCAUGGAGAAACAGCAACAAAGUUAGCCACGGAGUAUGGAGUUGGAAAAGCUACCAUAUCGGGCAUAAAGAAAUCAAAGUCAAGUCUACGUGAUUUCGCUAGCAAGAUGGAAACGAACGUUGGAUUGAAAAGAAAAAUCAUGAAAAACGCCAAUGAUGAAGCUCUUGAGAAAAGCAUGUUUGCUUGGUUCUCGCAAGAAAGAAGUCGGGGGACACCUCUUUCCAGAUUUGACUAUUUGAGGAUUGGUGAUGGUUUAGACUCUGACGAUAGAAGAAGUCGAGUGAGACGUGAAUCAGGAUAUAGAUUACCACGACCACAUACAUCGGCCACUGAUGACUUGUGGCUUUUGUUCAUCACUGAUGGCUCUGUCACAUACAGGGGCUUCAAUUUAACAUUACAGGAAGAACAAGACUGUAUUGAGACCCUAACUAUCCCAACUGGUGGCUCUGUUGUAAUAUCUUCACCAUAUUACCCUCAGAAUUAUGAUCAUAAUACUUUCUGUGAAUGGAAAGUCGUAGCUGAUAAUGGGCGUAAUAUACGUGCACUUGUACUUGACUUUGACACAGAAAGAAACUAUGACACUGUAAACAUUGGCACUGGACAGGAUUCUACUGCUCUGAGAACCAGAAUACUACAAGCAUCCGGUACACACGAUCAGACAACAUUCUACACUGGAUCACAUGAGAUAUGGACCACAUUCGUUACUGAUAAUACUUUUACAAGACCAGGAUUUCAGAUAGAAUUCUUUGAUGAUGGCUGUGUGAAUGAUAUCCGUAUGGGAACACCAGGGUCAAUUCAAUCUCCCAACUAUCCCAGUGACUAUGCCAACAAUGCUGACUGUGUCUGGAUUAUCCAAGUCAAUCAAGGCGAGAUGAUCAAGAUUACUUUUAUAGAUUUCCAUCUAGAAAACCAUUACGAUACUUUACUAGUUGGUGAAGGGUCCGAUCCAAACUCUGACGAUUACUUGAAAUUAACUGGACCAAUUUUACCUGAUCCAAUCUUGAGCACUGGACAUGAAAUGUGGCUGCGACUCAAGACUGACUGGAAUAUAGUAAGACGUGGAUUUAACUUGACCUAUGAGCUGCAGUGUCCAGAGGGUUAUGAGUACCACAUUGUUGGAGGUGUUGAGAGAUGUUAUAAAUUUGUAAAAAAUGUCAGAGAUCGUGAACCAUGGAACAAUGCCAGAGAGAACUGUCUUUCCACUGAGUAUGGUGAUUUGGUGAUUAUUAAUGAUGAUGUUGAACUUCAAUAUGUCACUGACCAGAUGGAUGGAGAAAACUAUUGGAUAGGAUAUUCUGACAUAUCUGUUGAGGGUCGAUGGAGAUGGAUAGACUGCAGAGAUUCCUCUGAAUGGGAUCUUUCCAACUGGGCAGAGGGAGAACCUUCAAAUGAACCAUAUGAAGACUGUGCCUUGGUAGAUGAUCUCCAUUGGCAAGAUGGGAAUUGUAGAAUACCACAAUACUAUGUUUGUGAAAUCAACUACAAAGAAUUUGAAUAUCCAGAUGACAUCAAUGUACAGGCCGUUGAUGCUGUUGGUAUCUCAUCCUAUGAUAUUCAUGUUACCUGGACAGUAUCUGACUACAACUGUGAUGUGAUUGGCUACUCUGUUAAAUACAGACGAUAUGAUUGGUUGGGAGGAUACAUGUACACAUAUGUUGUUGGAGGUGAUCAGAGUGAAGUUAUUUUGACUGAUUUAGAGAGUGCAACACGAUAUGUCAUCUAUGUGGCCGGUGAUACCCAUAAGCAAUUGUUGGACUAUGUUGGACCAGAUACUGCUUGGACGUAUGUAGUGAUAAAGCCACCAGAACCUCCAGUAGAACCAGUGAAACCAUGUGGUGCUAACUAUACAACUAAAGAUGACACUUUUAUCCAGAUAACAUCACCAAAUUAUCCAGAAGACUAUGAUCAUAAUCUGUUGAUCCAUGUGGUGGAACAAUUGAAGCAUCUACUGGGAAUAUCUCGUCUCCCAUCUAUCCCAAUCCAUAUCCACAUGGAAGUGAUUGUUUAUGGAAUAUCCAUGUAUCAGAGGGAAUAUUCUGGCAAUGACAUACCAGAUAAUUAUAUCAGUACCUCUCAUCAAGUAUGGUUGAGAUUUCAGACAGAUUGGAGCCAAACACGAACAGGAUUCCAUCUUACAUAUCAAAUGUUUGUUUGUCCUGAAGGAUAUGAAGCUCAUUUUGUUGGUGAUCGCUACAGAUGUUAUAAGUUUGUACUUUCACCAUCACCAUGGGACGAUGCCAGAGAUGAAUGUUUGUCUACUAUGCAUGGUGACUUGGUGAUUAUUGAUGAUGACAUUGAACUUGAGUAUGUGAGCAACCAGAUGAGUGACAAGGGUGUAGACAGCUAUUGGAUAGGAUAUUCUGACAUAUCUGUUGAGGGUCGAUGGAAAUGGAUAGACUGUAGAGAUUCCUCUGAAUGGGAUCUUUCUAACUGGGCAGAGGGAGAACCUUCAAAUGGAACGUAUGAAGACUGUGCCUUGGUAGAUGAUCUCCAUUGGCAAGAUAGGAAUUGUAGAACACUACACUACUAUGUUUGUGAAAUCAACAGAAAGGAAUUCGAAUAUCCUGAUGACAUAAAUGUACAGGCUGUUGAUGCUGUUGGUCUUUCUCCAUACAAUAUUCAUGUUACCUGGACAAUAUCUGACUACAACUGUGAUGUGAUUGGCUACAGGGUUAGAUACAGGCGAUCUGAUUGGCUGGGUGGCUAUACAUAUUUGUAUGUUGAUGGUGGUGAUGCAAGUGAGAUGAUUCUCACAGAUUUAGAAAGUUCCACCUUGUACCUAUCCUACGUUGCUGCAGUGACCACAAAAGGACGUUUAGAUUAUGUUGGUCCAGCUGAAGCAUGGACGCAUCAAGUUUUCAAGCCACCAGCCCCACCUGUGGAGCCAGAGAAAUGUGAGGGUAACUAUACAACUAAAAAUGGCACAAUAUUACGGAUCACGUCACCAGGCUACCCAGAUGACUAUGAUAAUAAUGAGAAUUGUGAAUGGCUUGUUACUGCCUCAUCACCAGACAGUACAUUUAUAGUUCAUCUUCGUGACCUUUCAACUGAAAAGUGGUUUGAUUAUCUUGACAUUGGUGAAGGUCAUGACCUCAAUGAUGCGUCCACUCGCGUUCAUCACAUGUCUGGUAGAAUUCGUCCAUGGUUUUUCUGGUCCUCAUCCACUGAUAAACUCUGGUUCAAUUUCUAUUCUGACUUUUGGACAACAUAUAGAGGGUUUAUGGUGGACAUUGAAGAGAUUCUUACUGAAGUUCCACCAACUCAGAAACCAAUACCAGUUGACCCUGAGCCAGAGGAUCCGGAACCACCUGAGGAAUGCGGUGGGAAUAUCACUAUUGCACUUGGAGGAUCCAUAAACCUCACCUUGUUGCAUUAUCCCGAGAACUACGAAGACAAUCUCAACUGUCUGUGGUUGAUAAACACUGAAAGCAAACACAGAGUGAAUGUCACAUUCAUUGACUUUGAGACUGAAUACUGCCAUGACUGGCUUGAAAUAGGUAACACACAUGAUUAUAAGGAUUUGACGACUAGUACUUUGAGAGUGUCUGGUGAUGAUGCACCAGAUGAUCACAUAUCAACAGUGGAUGAAAUAUGGAUCACGUUUAAAACUGAUUAUGCCAUUACAUUCCGAGGGUUUCACUUGCUGUUAACAGAAUAUAUAGAAAGUGAUGUCAUUUGUGGUGGUGAUCUAACAAUCCCAGCUGUGGUGGGAGCAUCAGUAGAUAUCACAUCACCAAACUAUCCAGACCAUUACAACAACAAUGACUACUGCAAAUGGACCAUCUCAGUGGUCCAGCCUGUUAAGACCUUCACUGGCAUAUACCAUAUGUAUGUCAGAAUCAACUCAUUCGAUACUGAACUGAACUUUGACUGGCUGGAAAUUGGAUCUGGCCAUGAUGACAGUGAUUUUGACUCUUUGCUGUUCAGAUUCUCUGGCUCAGAUGUGUCUGGUUCGUAUGUCACUAACCAUGAUGAAGUAUGGGCGUUAUGGACCAGUGAUAGGAGUUUCACCAAGCAAGGAUUCAAUGUCACCUUCUUUAUAGUUUUCCCCUGUGGUGGAAGUCUAUUUGGACCGUCUGGUAACAUCACUUCUCCAGGGUACCCUAACAGAUAUCCACAUGGAAGUAACUGUCGUUGGGACAUCUUAGUCGACUCAGAUAAACUUAUCAAGUUUUCAUUCCAUGUGUUCGACCUAGAGAACAAUUAUGACUACCUUUAUCUGGGAGAUGAGAUAUCAGACUCAAAUUUACCACUUGUGGAAUUGACUGGUGACGAGCUACCAAAAGAUGAGGUGCUUGAUACUUACCAUGCAUGGGUUCACUUUACAUCAGACCUGUCUGGCGAUGGGGAUGGUUUCUAUUUGACAUAUGAGGAAUAUGAAGAAGAACUGCUGAUUGCUAAACCAUGUGGGGGAGCUUUUGAGACAAAACCUGACUCUAAACUUGUAAUCCAAUCACCAAAUUACCCAUCUCAAUAUAACAACAAUGAACGAUGUGUGUGGAAUGUCACCUCUUCACCGGGGACCAGAAUGUCAGUUCGUUUCCGGGACUUUGUGACAGAACCAGGACACGAUUGGGUUGAUGUUGGUAAUGGACUUGAUGAAAGUGAUUUAUCAACGAGAGAAAGACAUCAUUCAGGUUUUAUAAGACCAGUAUCAUGGCUAUCAGCUGAAGAGGCAUUGUGGAUAACUUUUACCACUGAUGAUUCUGUCAUAUUUCGUGGCUUCCUUAUAUACAUAGAGGAAAGAAAUGACAGAACUACAAUAUCGGGAACAACAAUUAAAGCUACUACAGUAUCACCAACACCAUACUGUGGUGGUUUUAUCAGUGUGCCAUCUGAUGGAGUUGAGACUGUGAUAUCACCAAACUAUCCUGAGGACUAUGAUGAUAAUUUACUGUGUGAAUGGACUGUUAGUGCUAGUCCAGGCAAAAGAAUCAGAGUGCAUGUGGAGGAUUUCAAGACAGAAAAAAGACAUGAUUACCUUGAUUUGGGUGAUGGUUAUGAUAUGGACAAGGAAACCUCCAGAUUUGAAACUCUAACUGGCAAUGAGAAAGAACAAAGUCAUGUGACAGCAACAGAUAAAAUGUGGAUGAGAUUUGUUACUGAUCACAGGAAGACAUAUCGUGGAUUUAAGAUUAACCUGAGUGAAGAAAACGAGUGUGUUAAUCAAAGUGUUGUCAUACCAACUGGUGGUAGUACUAUCAUUACAUCACCAAACUACCCAGAGAAUUAUGAAGACAGUGUAUUCUGUGAAUGGAUAGUAUCUACUGAGUCACUUGGAAAUAUUAGGGUGUAUGUGGAUCAUUUUAAAACAGAGAGGAACUAUGAUUGGGUUGACAUGGGAACAGAGAGUAAUUCAAUGAAUCUGUCUACACGUAUAUUACAUGAAUCUGGUAACAAGAAGACACCACAUGAAUUCUAUACACCGUCUAGUAUAGUAUGGUUAACAUUUAUGAGUGAUCAUGAUAAGACUGAUGAUGGAUUCCACAUGCAACUAUUUGAUGAUGCAUGUGUUGAAACCACUUUGACUGACCCAUCAGGAAUUAUCCUGUCUCCUAACUAUCCAGAUGACUAUCCUCAUAAUCUGGACUGUAUCUGGUAUAUCAGUUUACCAGCUGAUAGCAAGAUUCAUCUCUUCUUUGUUGAUUUUUAUGUUGAAAAGAAAUAUGAUAAAUUACUGAUCGGUGAAGGAUUAGAUGCUGAUUCACAGGACUAUGUUGAAUUCACUGAUCGUCAUGAUGGUGAGGAGUAUCGCAGUGACAGCAAUGCAUUGUGGUUGAGAUUCCAAACUGACUGGGAUAAGUCAAAACGUGGAUUUGAUAUCAGAUACACCUCAUCUGAUUGUCCAGAAGGAUAUGAACCAGGAUACAACCAUGGAUGUUACAAGUUUGUUGAAGAUCCUGAAGAUUGGGAUGAAGCAAGACAAGAUUGUGAAUCAACUGAAGAUGGAGAUUUAGUGAUUACUGAUAGUGAAGAUGAAUUAGAUUAUGUCAUGCGAGAAUUGGUAAAAAGAAAUAUGGCUACUACUUGGAUAGGUUACUAUGACAAGGCUAUAGAAGGGAAUUGGGUGUGGGUGGACUGCUCAGAGAGCACUGAUUGGCAAGAAAAUAACUGGGCAGAUAAUGAACCAGAUGGUGAAACCAAUCAAAACUGUGCAGCUGUCAACACUGAUGGUAACUGGAUAGAUCAGCGAUGCUCAAGACGUUAUCCAUAUGUUUGUGAGAUUACGUACAAACCAUUUGAAGACCAAAAUGUCCAGGCAGUAUAUGGUUCAGCAUUGUCUCCAUAUAGUAUAGAAGUAUCAUGGGAUAUCAAUGAUUAUUACUGCGAUGUAAUUGGAUACAAAGUGAAGUACCACCGAGAAGAUUACUUGGGUGGUGUUCAUAUUGAAGUCAUAGAGGGCGCUCUAACAGAGUCUGAGGUUCUUGAUGGUCUGGAAUCAUCAACAUGGUAUUCAAUUUAUGUUGCUGCGGUGACUCACCGGGGAACACUUGACUAUGUGGCUGGUGAUCCUGUUCUCACUCAUGAAGUUAUCAAACCACCAGCCCCCACACAGGAACCAGAAAAACCAUGCGGAGGAGACUUUGUGACAAAGAAUGGAACUUACUUGCGGAUCACAUCACCUGAAUAUCCAGAUAAAUAUGGCAAUAAUGAGUAUUGUGAAUGGUUUGUUACUGCCUCAUCACCAGACAUAUGUGAAUGGUUUGUUACUGCCUCAUCACCAGACAGUACAUUUAUAGUUCAUCUCCGUGACCUUUCAACUGAAAAGUGGUUCGAUUAUCUGGACAUUGGUGAAGGUCAUGACCUCAAUGAUGUUUCCACUCGCGUUCAUCACAUGUCUGGUAGAAUUCGUCCAUGGUUUUUUUGGUCCUCAUCCACUGAUAAACUCUGGUUCAAUUUCUAUUCUGACUUUUGGACCAGGUAUAGAGGGUUUAUGGUGGACAUUGAAGAGAUUCUUACAGAUGUGCCACCAACUCAGAAACCAGUGCCAACAGAUCCACCAGCAACACCAGAACCUGGCAUAGAAGAAUGUGGUGGAAACAUCACCAUAUUAUCAGACCAAUUUAUCAGUAUUACUUCACCAUAUUAUCCUGAUAACUAUGACGACAAUCGCUACUGUCUCUGGUUGAUUAAUACUGAAAGUAAUCUGCGUAUAAAUGUGACUUUUGUUGAUUUCCACACUGAAUAUUGUCACGAUUGGUUAGAGAUUGGUAAUACCCAUAACUAUAAUGAUUUGACAACCAGUGCUUUGAGAGAAAGUGGUGAACAAGACAUAAAUCCAUUCAGCUCUAAUGGUGAUGAGAUAUGGAUCACAUUCUCAACAGAUUAUUCCAUUACUUAUAAAGGGUUCCACUUGUUACUGAAGGAAAUCAAAGAAGAUGAAAACAUUUGUGGUGGCGAUCUUAAAAUCGACUUGGAAGAAAACAACUCUGUAACGUUCUUAUCACCAAAUUACCCAGACAACUAUGACAACAACGCUUAUUGUAAAUGGACAAUCUCAUUAGUCUCAUCAGUACCCAAUCAGAAACACCUUUACAUUGCGAUUAACAGUUUUGAUAUAGAGGAGAACUUUGAUUGGUUGGAGAUUGGUUCAGGUUCAGAUAGCAGCGAAUCAUCUUCUUUGAUGUUUAGGUUUUCUGGAUCUGAUGUCUCAGGUUCCUAUGCAACUAAAGAAGACAUUUUGUGGGCUGUGUUUACAAGUGAUCUGAGUAAUACUGCUACAGGAUUUAAUAUAACAGUGUAUGCAGUUGACCCAUGUGGUGGUUCUCUGAGUGGUCCAACUGGUAAUAUUACAUCACCAAUAUAUCCACAUCCAUAUCCUCAUAACAGUGAAUGUUACUGGAAUAUCACCGUAGAAGAAGAUUCAAUUAUUAAGUUGUCUUUCUAUUUCUUUGACCUGGAAAGUGGAUAUGAUUAUCUUUACGUUGGGGAUUUGUUGGCAGCUGAUGACCAGCCUUUGAUUGAAUUGACUGGAAGUGAGACACCAAAAGACCAGAUUGUAGAUACCCACAAUGCAUGGCUGUUGUUCACCUCUGACCUAUCUCAGGAUGGUCAAGGAUUUUAUCUGACAUAUGAACAGUAUGAUGAAGAGCUUAUUAUUGCAAAACCAUGUGGGGGAGCUUUCGAAACAAAACCUGACUCUAAACUUGUAAUCCAAUCACCAAAUUACCCAUCUCAAUAUAACAACAAUGAACGAUGUGUGUGGAAUGUCACCUCUUCACCGGGGACCAGAAUGUCAGUUCGUUUUCGGGACUUUGUGACAGAACCAGGACACGAUUGGGUUGAUGUUGGUAAUGGACUUGAUGAAAGUGAUUUAUCUACGAGAGAAAGACAUCAUUCAGGUUUUAUAAGACCAGUAUCAUGGCUAUCAGCUGAAGAAGCAUUAUGGAUAACUUUUAACACUGAUGAUUCUGUCAGAUUCCGUGGCUUCCUUAUAUACAUAGAAGAAAGAAAUGACACUGAUACCAGUGAACCCAAACCACCAGUAGUAACCACACUACCUCCUGCAAUCUCUACAACUUCCAUUGGCACAACAAUGACUGUAUCACCAGUAACAAGUGAAGGAACUACAAUAUCGGGAACAACAAUUAAAGCUACUACAGUAUCACCGACACCAUACUGUGGUGGUUUUAUCAGUGUGCCAUCUGAUGGAGUUGAGACUGUGAUAUCACCAAACUAUCCUGAGGACUAUGAUGAUAAUUUACUGUGUGAAUGGACUGUUAGUGCUAGUCCAGGCAAAAGAAUCAGAGUGCAUGUGGAGGAUUUCAAGACAGAAAAAAGACAUGAUUACCUUGAUUUGGGUGAUGGUCAUGAUAUGGACAAGGAAGCCUCCAGAUUUGAAACUCUAACUGGCAAUGAGAAAGAACAAAGUCACGUGACAGCAACAGAUAAAAUGUGGAUGAGAUUUGUUACUGAUCACAGGAAGACAUAUCGUGGAUUUAAGAUUAAUCUGAGUGAAGAAAACGAGUGUGUUAAUCAAAGUGUUGUCAUACCAACUGGUGGUAGUACUAUCAUUACAUCACCAAACUACCCAGAGAAUUAUGAAGACAGUGUAUUCUGUGAAUGGAUAGUAUCUACUGAGUCACUUGGAAAUAUUAGGGUGUAUGUGGAUCAUUUCAAAACUGAAAGGAACUAUGAUUGGGUUGACAUGGGAACAGACAGUAAUUCAAUGAAUCUGUCUACACGUAUAUUACAUGAAUCUGGUAACAAGAAGACACCACAUGAAUUCUAUACACCGUCUAGUAUUGUAUGGUUAACAUUCAUGAGUGAUCAUGAUAAGACUGAUGAUGGAUUCCACAUGCAACUAUUUGAUGAUGCCUGUGUUGCCGAGCAUUUAACAUCAGAAUCUGGAGUGAUAUUAUCACCUAAUUACCCAGAUGAUUAUCCUCAUAAUUUGGAUUGUGUUUGGGUGAUACAGUUACCUGCAGGAGAGCGUAUCCAUCUCAUAUUUGUGGACUUCUAUGUGGAAAAGAAUUAUGACAAAUUAUUAAUUGGAGAAGGACUAGAUCCAAAUUCUGAUGAAUAUGUGGAAUUCACUCAUCGCCAUGAUGGAGAACAUUAUUUCAGUCCUAGCAACGAGAUGUGGCUGAGAUUCCAAACAGAUUGGGAUAAAUCUAAACGUGGAUUUGACAUCACAUACAAUUCUUUUAAUUGCCCAGAAGGCUACACAGUUGGCUACAACUAUGGAUGUUACAAGUUUGUUGAAGAUCCUGAAGAUUGGGAUGAAGCAAGACAAGAUUGUGAAUCAACUGAAGAUGGAGAUUUAGUGAUAAUUGACAAUGAGGAUGAACUAGAAUUUGUACGAGAUGCUAUGGAUAUCUCAGAUUUCUGGGUUGGUUAUUAUGAUGUGGCUGAAGAAGGAAACUGGGUGUGGAUAGACUGUUCAGAAUCUACAGUUUGGCACUUGGAUAACUGGGCAGUAUUACAACCAAGCGGAAGAGCCUAUGAAGAUUGUGUUGUUGUAAAUAGCUUUGGUAGAUGGAAUGAUGUUGACUGUAGACACAACCAACCCUAUGUUUGUGAAAUCACUCCAAAACCAUUUGAAGAGGAAGACAAGAAUGUUCAGAGUGUGGAUGGUGAGGCAAUGUCAUCGUCAGAAAUUCUUGUCACUUGGACAAUAUCAGAAUACAACUGUGAUGUCUUGGGAUAUUAUGUGAAAUACCACAGAUUGGAUUGGGUUGGUGGUGCUGUUGUUGUUGAUGUACCUGGCGGAGCUAUGACGGAGACUAUGCUAACUAGACUUGACUCUUCAACCUGGUAUGCCUUAUAUGUUGCUGCGUACACCCACAAAGGAGCACUGGAAUAUGUGGAAGGAGAUCCUGUCCAAACUCAUGAAGUUGUGAAGCCACCAGAACCAGUCCCAGACGAGCCUAGUAAGCACUGUGGUAGCAACUAUACAGUGAAAAAUGAUUCAGUGAUAAGAAUUACUUCACCUAACUAUCCAGCUCACUACGGUGAUAAUGAGUACUGUGAAUGGUACUUAGACACAUCAGAAGGCAAUACAUUCCUUGUUCAUCUGAGAGACAUGAAAACUGAAUACCUUUAUGACUGGGUGGACAUUGGUCAUGGUUCUGACAAUGGUGUCAGUGACAGUCGUGUUCAUCACAUGUCGGGUGUAUUCAGACCAUGGCUAUACUGGCAGUCUGAAUCUAAUGAGAUCUGGGUUAAAUUCACCAGUGACAGUACUUUUACCAGAAGGGGAUUCAUGCUAGAUGUUGAAGUCACAUUCCAAGAGGUGCCCACUGAGAAACCAAUACCAACCGAACCUGCAUUACCAGAGACUGGCUGCCGAGAAAACAUCACAAUCCCAAGUGGUGGCUAUGUGACUGUUUAUUCUCCAAAUUAUCCUGCUGACUAUGAAAACGACAUGGAUUGCCUGUGGCUGGUGGACACUCAGAGUGGUUUGAGAAUCAAUGUUACGUUUAUUGCAUUUGAGACAGAAUACUGUCACGAUUGGUUGGAGAUUGGCAACAGUCAUAAUUAUCACGACUUAACCACUAGUGUAUUACGUAUAUCCGGAAGUCAAGACCAGGAUGCAUUGCAGUCAUCUGACGAUGACAUCUGGAUCACCUUCACUUCAGAUUACUCCAUUACAGCAUCUGGUUUUCAUCUGGUUUUAAGUGAAAUUUAUGAAACAGAUCCGGCAUGUGGAGAUGAAUUGUUCAUCUCAGAAGAUGGUCAAGAAUUAAUACAAUCACCGAACUAUCCUGAACACUACAAUAACAACGACUUCUGUAAAUGGAAAGCAAGGACAGAGAGUCCUGCCCAGGAGAUUCUCAUCGUGAUUGAUGCAUUUGAAACGGAGACCAACUAUGAUUGGCUGGAAAUUGGAUAUACUGGGACAGAAGGUGAAACUGUGAUGCUGUUGUAUCGGUUUUCUGGCAGUGAAGUGUCAGGUUCUUACACCACACCUGGACAGGAUGCUUUGUUGUUAUGGAGGAGUGAUCAGUCUGUGACAGAUAGAGGAUUCUCUGUUAGAUUACUUUCAGUUGACCCAUGUGGAGCAACCAUUGUGGCUCCCAGUGGUCAUGUGACCUCUCCAUUCUACCCAAGACUAUAUCCACAUAACAGUGACUGUAUAUGGACAAUUGAAGUGUCUUCAUCUAUGAUAAUCCAAAUGACUUUUGUUGAGUUUGAAUUAGAAGAAAAUUAUGAUUACCUGUAUAUUGGAGAAGGUGAUGUGCCUGGUGUUCACACAGUUGCUGAACUAACAGGUGAUGAAAUCCCAAAGGACAUCAUUAUCAACAAUCACUUGGCAUGGUUACGCUUCAACUCUGACCUGUCUGGGGAUGGAGCAGGAUUCCGGCUUGAAUAUGAAGAAAUCAUGGAAGAUCCAUUGAUUGCCAAGCCAUGUGGUGGAAGUUACUAUGUGAAGUAUGCCUCCAUAUUGUACAUUCAGUCUCCAAAUUACCCUUCUGACUAUUACAACAAUGAACACUGUUCCUGGAACUUCACUGCAGAUGAUGGAAUGUUAAUCUUUGCCAACUUCCGUGACUUUGCAACUGAACUUGCAUUCGAUUGGGUAAAUAUGGGUAAUGGUCUGAAUACUGAUGACCUUUCUACCAUGAUCCUUCGCCAUUCUGGUCAGAGAAUUCCAUCACCUCAGCUUUCAAGUGGACCUCAUCUAUGGUUGACUUUCAUAACUGAUAAUACUGUUGUACAUCGUGGAUUCCUUCUUCAGUUAGAAGCAGUCAAUGAUACUGAAUCCAGUCCACCUAAACCGACUGAGCCGGUCAUCACAACACCAGAACCAUUGCCAGAAUGUGGUGGUCAUAUACAGCUCCCAGCAGCAGGAUAUGUUAAUGUCACAUCCCCGUACUAUUCUGAUAACUACCCACAUAAUGAACUUUGUGAAUGGACAGUUAAUACAACUACAUAUGGAAGAAGAAUAAGGGUUAUAUAUAUAGAUUUCUACACAGAAAGAAGAUUUGACUACUUGGAGCUUGGAGACGGGCUUGAUUUGACGGAUAGAUUCUCAAGAACUGAUAAACACUCGGGACGUAGACUUCCAUCUCCUUUUACUACCCAUACAAGUGAAAUGUGGAUGAGAUUUGUUACUGAUCAAAGUGUUGCAUAUAGAGGAUUUCAUAUUCAAUUACGAGAAGAAAUCGAUUGUGAAGAAACCAUGUACUAUCCGAUACCAGCUGGUGGUAGUGUGUCAAUCAGAUCACCAUAUUACCCGGAUAUCUAUGAUCACAAUAUGUUCUGCGAAUGGAGAGUUACAGCUGAAACUGGGAGAAAUAUAAGGGUUGUUAUCCAAGAAUUUCAAACAGAGAGGAAUUAUGACUGGGUAGACAUUGGAACAGGAUUAAACUCCAUUGACUUGUCAACAAGACUUAUGCACAUGUCAGGAGAAAGACAAAUUGAAUACUACACUAUUUCGUCAGAUGAUGCGUGGAUGACCUUCUCUAGUGAUUGUUCACGAAAUGACUAUCAAGGUUUUGUCAUUGAAUAUCUAGAUGAUGGGUGUUCGUCAGAAACACUGACUGAUGAAUCAGGAACUAUCUUAUCACCUAUGUAUGACAGUCCAUAUCCACACAACUCUGACUGCAUAUGGAUUAUUGACGUCAGCGAUGAUGAUGACGACUUUAGUGCUCAGAUCACCAUGGUAUUCAAUGAUUUCAAUUUGGAAUAUAGAUAUGACAAUUUACUUAUUGGAGUUGGGGAUGAUCCAGAUAGUGAUCCGGAUUGGGUUUUAACUGGUUAUGAAACUCCAGAGACUCUUGAAAUACGGUCUGCUAAAGUGUGGUUGCGUUUUCAGAGUGAUAUGUCAAUAUCAAGGCGUGGUUUUAAUCUAACAUACACAAUGGAAUGUCCCAGUGGUUAUGAGUUUGGUCCUGGGGAACACUGCUAUAAGUUUGUGCCUAGGAACUCCUCAUGGGACGAGGGAAGAGAUGAUUGCCAUGAUACUAUUGAUAGUGACUUGGUUGUCAUAGAAACAGAUGAAGAAUUAGCUUACAUAAGGCAAAAGAUGAUGUACAAUUCCUUCUGGAUUGAUUAUACCCUGGAAGAUAUGAAUGUUGAAAAUGUCCAGGGUGUUGCCCUAUCACCAAGGAGUAUUCAUGUCACAUGGGAAGUCUCUAAACUCAACUGUGAUGUCCUGGGUUACCGUGUGAAAUACCACCGAUUAGACUGGAUUGGUGGCGCAUUUAUCGUGAUGGUAGAUGGCGGAGACAGCUAUGAUGUUACCCUGACUGGUCUACAAAGUUCAACUUGGUAUAUGAUCUACGUUGCUGCUCAGCUACGUCUUGGCCAUCUGGAUUAUGUGCCGGGUGAUCCAGUCUUGACGCAUGAAGUUGUCAAGCCUCCAGCACCUACACCACUCCCUAUGAAGCCAUGCGGUGGUGACUUCAUUGCGAAGAAUGGAACCUAUUUACAUAUCACAUCACCAAAUUAUCCUGAUCAAUAUGAUAAUAAUGAGUAUUGUGAAUGGAGAGUAAGAGCAUUGUCUGGUAAUGCACUAUUGGUGCAUCUAAGAGAUCUGAGUACCGAGUAUCUGUUUGAUUGGGUGGAUAUUGGAGAAGGCGACGUUCCAGAUGACAAUCGUGUCCAUCAUAUCUCUGGUUUUCUAAGACCCUGGAGAUUCUGGACCUCUUCAACCAGUGAGAUCUGGGUUACAUUCAGCAGCGACGCUUCAUUUGCAUUCCGAGGGUUCAUGCUGGAUAUUGAAGAGCUAUUUACAGAAGAACCAACAGAGAAACCAAUUCCAACAGAACCAGUACCAAUUGACCAGUGUGGGGGGAAUGUCACAGUGGCUGCUGGUGAAGUUCGCGAUAUCACGUCACCAAACUAUCCUGAUCUUUAUGAUAAUGAUCUGGAGUGCCUGUGGUUAAUCAAUACAGAAUCUGGUGCUAGGGUGAAUGUCACAUUUUUGUUCUUCCAUACGGAAUACUGUCAUGACUGGCUGGAGAUUGGAAACGGUUUUCACUACCAGGAUCUGACUACCAGUGCUCUUCGGAUAUCAGGAGAAGUCAACCAAGAUCCAUUCUACGCUGUAGGUGAUGAAAUCUGGAUGACGUUUACGACGGAUUAUUCCAUUACUUAUCCAGGAUUCCAUGUGAUUGUUAGUGAAAUGGAUCAACCAGAUGAAGAAUGUGGUGGACAGGUUAUCCUGCCACGAGUACAAGGAUCUUAUGAGAUAGUCCACUCACCAAACUAUCCAAAUCACUAUGGCAACAAUGAAUUAUGCAAGUGGACGGUAUCCUUAUCAGAGGUCACAGCGAGAAUAUCAGCAGAAUCUGAUGAGCUUUGUAUACUGAUGAAUGUCAGUAGUUUCAGUUUGGAGAAGAAUUUUGACUGGUUUCAGCUAGGCAGUGGCAGUGAUGAGUUGACAUCAUCCUCUCUGCUGUACAGAUUGACUGGCUAUGACAUCACUGGAUCAUAUAGCACCAACAUGGAUAAAAUAUGGGCAUUGUUCACUAGUGAUGCUUCUAUAACUUCUACUGGAUUUAACAUGACAUAUUUUGUUGCACCUGCUUGUGGAGGCCAUUUCACCGCUACCUCUGGCAACAUAAGCUCACCAUUGUAUCCUAUUCCAUAUCCACAUGGUAGUGAGUGUGUUUGGACAAUUGACAUUGAAGAAGCUACGUCUAUUGAGAUAGUUUUCCAUGUGUUCGGCUUAGAAGCCGGUUAUGAUUAUCUUCAUAUUGGAGAAGGUCUGGUUCCAAAUCAAGGAUACACAUUUGAGCUGACUGGAUCAGAACUUCCCAAGGACAGCAUUGUAAAUAGUGGACAAGCAUGGUUGGAGUUUACAUCAGAUAAUUCAGGAGAUGGAAUAGGAUUCUAUUUAACAUACAGUUUGUAUGAGGACCAUGUGCUGGAAGGCAAAGAAUGUGGUGGUGAGUUGAAUCUCAAAUAUGGCGGCAUUCUAAGUAUCCAGUCACCAAAUUAUCCUUCAUCCUACUACAACAAUGAACGUUGCGAGUGGUUAGUCACGUCAGAGUCUGGACAGCCCAUGAGUGUGUCAUUCCGUGACUUUGAAACGGAGAGAGCACAUGACUGGUUAGAUGUUGGUUCAGGUUCAGUGAAUAAUGAUUUGUCUACCCGUGUGAGGCACCUUUCAGGUGAUCACCUACCAGCGAUGUUUAUAGUGAAUGCAGAGUCAUUGUGGAUCACCUUCUAUACAGAUGACAGCAUCGUGUUUAGGGGAUUCCUUUUAGAAAUCAAGGAAUAUAAUGAAACUGAUACCAGUGAGCCAAAACCAGAGAUCCCACAGGUUACUACGACAACCCCAACUCCCAUGCCGGAACUAUGUGGUGGAAGUUUUGAAAUCCUUUCUGGAGAGGUGUACAAUCUCACUUCUCCCAAUUACCCAGCUGACUACUACAACGAUAUUAUUUGUGAUUGGGUUUUUAAUGUCACUGUUGGUAAGAGGAUUAGAGUGGACGUUAUUGAUUUUCAUACUGAGAGGCGAUAUGAUUAUCUGGACUAUGGAAAUGGUGAUGACUCCUCAAAUUGGAGGACUCGCAUGAGACGGACGUCAGGACUGAAACUAUCAACUUCGUUCACAUCAGAAACUGACACUAUAUGGUUCAGGUUUGUGACAGAUAAUACCGUCACGGAACGAGGAUUUUUCUUGCAACUUGAAGAACAUGAAGAUUGUGUAUAUGAUGUGCCAAUCAGUCCUGGAAGCAGUGUUAUCAUUGAAUCUCCUGGCUAUACCAGUGGUGGAUAUGAAAACAAUCAAUUUUGUCAGUGGUUGUUGAGAUCUGAACCAGGUACUAACAUAUGGUUCAACAAUUUAGACUUCACAACAGAACCAUGGUAUGAUUGGGUUGACAUUGGUAUCGGAUACGUCUCCUCAGAUUGGUUUACAAGAUUAUUACAUGUGUCUGGCUCAGCAUCUACUGAUCCAACACAUAUGUACUACACAUCAUCUGAUGUAGUGUGGGUAACCUUCACAGCUGAUAGAACUAGAACAAGACAAGGAUUUCAAAUGGAGUUCUUUAGUGAUGGCUGUGUUGAUACUACCUUCAAUGAAUUAUCAGGAGAGAUUCUUUCACCAAGCUACCCAAGUGUCUACCCUCACAAUGCAGACUGUCUUUGGUUUAUUUCUCUAAAUCAUGCAUCUGUUAUCAGACUCACUAUUAAUGAAUUUAUUGUGGAGCAUGGAUACGAUAAACUACUAAUAGGGGAAGGUGAUGAUCCAAGUUCUGAAGACUACCAGGUUCUCACAGGUGUUAUUGAGGCUGGUACUGAGUAUUUAAGUCAAGGUUAUAAGUUAUGGUUGAAGUUUGAAACAGAUUGGUCAGAAACAAUGAAAGGAUUCAAUAUCACAUAUGAAGCUGAAUGUCCUGAUGGUUAUGAACCGGCUCCUACUGGCAUAUGUUACAAGUUUGUGAAUGAUGGAGCAAGCUGGGAUGAUGCAAGACUGGACUGUAUGACAACAAACAAUGGCGAUCUUGUUAUUGUUGAUAGUGAUGCCGAAUUGGAUUAUCUCAGAACAAAAAUGACAAAUACAUUCUGGAUCGGGUUGUCUUACAUUGAAUGGGACUAUGAGUGGUUAUGGGUGGAUUGCUCUAGAAUGACAUCAUGGCAACUUGAUCAGUGGAACGGAGAUGUGCCUACUCAUCCAGUUGAUGUCGGAGGUGAAAGUUGUGCAGCUUCAAAUGGUGACUGGACAGGAUAUCAAUGCAGUAAUUUACAUAGUUAUGUAUGUGAAUUAAAUAUCAAAAAUUUCACUGGAGAUGAUCUGAAUCCUAUAAACCUCAGUGGCCAUCCUCUAUCAGAAUAUGCUAUCUACAUUUCCUGGCAUGCACCAGAGUAUUCCUGUGACAUUAGAGGAUACAACAUAUCAUAUCAUGUACAGUACGAACCGGAAACACAACAGGCAGAUUACGUGGAGGGCGCUAUGACUACGGAGUUCAGAAUUUUUGAUUUGUUGAGUGAUACAACCUAUGUAAUCACAGUUGCAUCUUACACUGUGAAGGGAAUUGUGCAACCUGGAUCAACAGUGCUGAUUUCCACUUUGCCACCCAAACCAACACAACCCAUAGAGCCUACACCUAAGCCUUGUGGUGGAGAGUACACCGUGAAACCUGGUACGACCCUGGAAAUCACAUCCCCUGGGUACCCAGCUAGCUACAGCAAUAAUGAACACUGUGAGUGGGUCAUCAGUGUUUCCGAAGGAAAAAGGCUAAAAGUUACCAUUUGGGAAUUUGAAACGGAGUACGGAUAUGAUUUUGUGGAUCUUGGAAAUGGAAAUGAUACCGCUGAACUGAGUACCAGAUUUAUCCGGCUAUCUGGCUCAUUAGACGUCCAAGCCUAUGUGUCACAGACUGAGAUUCUAUGGAUGGUGUUUGAAAGUGAUGGUUUAAUCACUGCUCCAGGAUUUCUCUUUGAGUUUGAAGAAAUUGAUCCAGUUGAAACCCCAACGGAGAAGCCGGCCAUUCCAACCACUAUGGCACCAAUAGAAUGCGGUGAGAAUAUCACAGUAUUCAGUGAACCAGUUUCAGUGAUUUCACCAAACUACCCAGAAAUGUACUACAACAGCUUGGAAUGUGUGUGGAUCAUCACAGCACCCGAAGGAAGACGCAUCUUAAUUGAUAUCAUUGAUUUUGAAACUGAAGCAGGAUUUGAUUGGGUAACCAUGGGGAUUGGAGCUGAUCCAUCAGAGAAGAAGUCCACUUUUAAGUUGCUGACUGGUGUAGUUUAUCUUGCACCAUUUGAUGCUAACUCAAACCAGAUGUGGAUGACGUUCACCAGUGAUCACUCUAAUGUUGCCAAGGGUUUCAAUAUCACAUUCCAGGAUAUCAGAAGUGUUGAUUGUGGAGGAUCUUACACAAUUCCACCAGAUGGCCAUGUGGGUAUUUUCUCACCAAACUAUCCUGCCCAUUAUGACAACAAUGAAUUCUGUGAAUGGAUAAUAACUACUUCUUCCGGUCGCUCAAUCGUGACCAGCGUUCGCUCAUUCUGGACUGAGGAUCAGUAUGAUUGGGUUGAUAUUGGUUCUGGUAGUGAUUCUACCAACCAAUCCUCCAUGAUUAAACAUAUGUCUGGUUAUGAAAACUCACAACAGUUUACAACAGAGUCCAAUGAAAUUUGGGUUACAUUUAUAUCUGAUGGAUCUAUCACAAGAUUUGGAUUCUCUAUCGAGUUCUAUGAAGACAACGUAUGCAAUGAUGAGUAUUUAACAGAUUCAAAUGGAUUUAUUUCAUCACCAAAUUUUCCAAUGGACUAUCCAAAUUCGAUUGAUUGUGUCUGGAUUAUUGACAUCAGUAGUAAUCUUAGUGUUAAGAUUGACUUCAUUAAUUUUGAAACUGAAGCUGGAUUUGAUUGGCUGAUUAUUGGUGAAGGUUAUGAUCCAUAUGACCAUGAGCAAUAUAGAUUUUCUGGUAGUGAGUUACCACCAACUAUUAUCAGUGAGACAAGUGUUGUAUGGUUGAGAUUCACUACAGAUUACUCUAUCACAAAACAAGGAUGGUUGCUGCUGUAUGAUGGAGUGUUCAUAACACCAGAGCCAUUAACUUCAACAGCACCCCCUACUACCACUUCGCCUCCUAUGCCUAGUACCACUCCAUGUACACCAUGUGGUGGCGAAUUGGUGGAUUUCCAUGGAACCAUCAUCAGCUGCCCAUACCCAGAUGGCUCAUACUGUGAAUGGAAAAUCAGGCAAGCAGAAGGCGAGUAUGUCUACAUGGAAAUUCAGGAAUUCAGCAGCCAUUCUGGAUUUGACUGGAUGUAUAUUGGUCAUGGUGCUAAUGUGACGACCGAUACUACAAUGUAUUACUUAUCUGCUCCACCUUCUGAACCUCCACCAGAGGAAGAAUAUACACUCACAAGCCCAGUUGGGAAUUUCAGCUCACCAAACUGGCCAGAACCAUAUGAAAAUAACCAGCAAAUCUCAUGGACGAUCACAGUGGAGAAGGGCUUACUUGUACGCAUCAAUAUCCUGCAGUUUUUCACUGAACUCAACCAUGACUUUUUGACUUUUGGUUCUGGAGAGACUUCUGGAACACGAAUAAUCAGUCGUCUCUCAGGUUGGCUCACUGAUACACCUGAGACAAGGCGAUUAGCCAAACGAGAUGUUGGUAUCUCAGAAGAUGAUUUGACAUUCGUCAGUGAAGACUAUGCUAUGUGGUUGGUGUUUAAUACAGAUGAGAGCAAUAUUGACCAGGGAUUUUAUCUAGAAUAUGAUUCACUACCAAGUCAAGUUGUAGCAUGCGGUGAAUCAAAUGUCACUGAUCCAGAAGGUACCAUAACAUCACCCAACUAUCCAGACACGUAUCCAGAUAGUCAAGAUUGUAUCUGGUACAUCAGAUUGCCAGAUGAAUACAAGGACCAUCGUGUGGAGAUUCAGUUUGUUGAAGUAUUUGAUUUAGAGUACAGAGAGGACUACCUGUGGGUUGGUUCUGGUGAUGAUAUCGAUAAGAACAUCCAAGCUGCAUAUACUGGAUACACCCUACCUGAUGUACUUGUGUCAUAUGGUUCAAUUAUGUGGCUGAGAUUCACCAGUGAUGAGUCUAUACCAGGUUUUGGAUUCAAACUCAAUUAUAGACCUACUGUAGCAAUACCGGAACCAGUGUGUCCAACAUUGCCAUCCAUAACCAGUAUACCAACAACAAUGGCACUUGAGUAUACAUAUACUGCCUCAAUCAUAGUGUAUGAGAAGACUGUGGAUACGAUAUCACAUAUCACUCACAUAUCACUCAAUAAUUUCAAGGAUUCUUCAGCUAACAGUGUACUCAAUUUGCAGUUCACUGAUUCCGUUCAAGAUGAUUUCUCAAAUGUGUUAUCAGAUGUGUUGAACGACUGGUGUCCCAAAGACCCUAGCAAUUGUCUUGUAGAUGAAGAUGUGGAAUUUGGCCCUGAGCACCUUGAAUACCUAGACCUUGAAGACACCGAUCAAGGCGUGUUGAUGGACAUCAGAGUGCUUCAUCCUGACGUGAGUGGGGAAUACGCACUGACAACUCAGCAGUUGGAAGAAAUGUUAACAGAAUAUGAAGAUCAUAUUGAACAGGAGAUGGGUAUUGAUUAUGAAGUCAUCGAUCGAAGUAAUUAUGUUGGUGAUGAUGAUCCUGACGUUGAUGGGAAAUGUGACAUGAUCAAUAUGUUGUAUUGUGUUGUCUGUCCUAACUUCAUUGACAGAAAAUCAUCACCAGUAUACAACAGUAUACUACAAAUAUGUGUUACCAUCAUCUAUGUAGCUGUCAUUGAGUAUGCCCCACCAAAACAGCCGUGGCAGAAAGAUCGCUACCAUGUAUCAGACAUAGAGAAGAACAAACCUGGCAAAGCUGAAGUGUUAGAUAAAGAUGAUAUUCCUGAUGGAAUGGAAAUGGUUGAUAAUCAAAAUGUAUACUCGUUCGAUAAUGAUGUUUUUAAAGAAAAUGAUGGUUUGUCACCUGAUGAUGACAAAAGCAGCAACGCGUCAAGUAUAGCAACAGAAUUCUAG